AUGCUUUGUGCCAUUUCCGGAGAAGCACCACAGGUGCCUGUCGUCUCUACGAAAAGUGGCAAUGUCUUCGAGAAAAGACUGAUAGAGGCAUAUAUCGCCGAGAAUGGAAAGGAUCCCAUCACAGGCGAAGAGGCUUCUGCAGAAGAUUUGGUCGAGUUGAAGACCGCACGUGUUGUCCGACCUCGCCCACCCACACUCACCUCGAUUCCGUCACUCCUCGGCGUUUUCCAAGAAGAAUGGGAUGCUUUGGCGUUGGAAACAUAUACUUUACGCCAGGCUUUGGUUCAGACCAGACAAGAACUCAGCACAGCUCUAUACCAGCAUGACGCCGCAGUGCGAGUAAUUGCGCGUUUGACUAAAGAGAGAGAUGAGGCUCGCGACACUCUUUCCAAGAUAUCAGUGGGAACUGCGCGUGCUCCUGCAGGCGGCGAUGCUAUGCAGGUCGACAGCGCAAAACUGCCCGAAUCUGUGGUUGCCAAGAUCGAAGAAACACACGCCAAAUUGUCCAAGUCCAGAAGCAAGCGCCCUAUCCCAGAAGGCUGGGCCACGAGCGAUGCAAUUCAGUCAUAUAAGCCAACAGUCAGCUCCGAGCCUCUGUAUCCUGGAGGCAAAUCACUUUCAGUAGACUCGACUGGCGAUUUGGCAUUGAUCGGUGGUGUUGAUGGUAUUGCCGGUGUUUACUCAGUCUCGAAGCAACAGAUUGUCCAAACUUUGAAAGUCGGUGCGCCAGUAACUGAUGCUGUUUUUGCGGGCUCCACGGCUGUCGUGGCUUCUUCAUCUGGAUCAGUCAAAUUCUUCGAUAAUGGAGCUGAAACGGCUAGCUUUGACGCGCAUGCUGGUGAAACUACUGCAGUUGUUGUACAUCCAGCUGGUGAUAUCGUUGCAUCGGUUGGUGUGGAUAAGAGCUACGCCAUAUACGACCUAGCGACAUCAUCCGUUGUCACUCAGAUAUAUGGCAAUGCUGGUCUGUUAUCUGCCAAAUUUCACCCUGACGGCCACUUGCUCGCUGUCGGCGGCGCGGACGGACAGAUCCAUGUAUACGACGUGAAGUCUGGAGCUGUUGCUGCUAGUUUCCCGAUGCAGGCGCCUGUCACAAACCUCGAAUUCUCCGAAAACGGUUACUUCAUGGCCGCAGUCACGGAAAACUCCACAGACAUUUCAAUCUGGGACUUGCGAAAGUCCAAGCUACACAAGGUGCUUGAAACUGGAACCAGGAUCAGCACUCUUGCUUGGGAUUACACUGGCCAGUUCCUCCUAAGCGGCGGACCUAACGGUAUCACUGUUCAACAAUAUACGAAAUCUACCAAGGAGUGGUCAGAGUCUCUGCGCAGCGCUGUGCCAGCGGUAGGCGUCGCAUGGGGACCGUUGGCUCAAACUACACCCUCAAGGUCUGAAGACGUUGUUGACCUCACAAAUGAGCCAGAUUCACCUCCUCUUCGUUCGCGCCGUAGCAAUAGACCAGCGCAUCGUCACAGGCCGCCGCGGUUUGGAAGGAAUAUAAUGGCAGAUGUCAUUGACCUGGAGGAAGAAGAGGACGAAGAUGACGGCGAAGAUGGGCAAACGGAAGUAAUCAACCUGGAUCCCCCCAGCAGUCCAGAGGUCCAGUUUGUUCGAGAGACAGCACGUCCUGCCCGCCGCCCGCCCAUGUUUCCUGCUCCAAGUCAUCUACUAGACGUAAUCAACUUUCAUGCACAACAAGGGUUCCUGUCUACACAAGAGGCUUUCAGGCAGGAGAUUGCUUUGCAAACCCGCCGCAUGGGUCGAUAUCCAUCCACCAGACCAAACAUGGACGAAAUCUUCAUUUCCAGCGAUGGAAAUCGAAAUAUUGAUGUUCCAAUUGACUUGGACUAUCAAGCUCCUGGUUUUACAAUUCAUGAAUCACAACCUACGCCGCCGCCUUCAUAUAAACCUCCCAGUCCACCGCCAGAAGGCUUCACACGAACAGUCAGCGAAGAUGACGUCGUUAUUUGGGUCGCCAAACAGUGUGGACAUGUGUACUGUGGUGAAUGUACAACCAACCGUGCAAUGUCCUCCAAAAAGAAAACCGCAACUCUAUCAACAACUCUCAAAAUGACAAAACCCUUUUCAAAAUGCAAAGUCGCUGGUUGUGAGAAGCCAGUCAGUGCGCCAAAGUCGAUGAUUCAGGUAUAUCUGUAA